AUGGGUGUUUGUUUGAGCAAAAGUAAACCAGCAGAGUCGAAGUCUGAUGGGCAUUAUAGAUCAGGUGGGAGUGAUGGGGGUGGGGUUGGGGGUAAAGGGCAUAAUCAUGGAACCCAUCAAGCUCAAAUUCAGUAUACUAAAUCUCCAGGCCCAGAAACUCAAUUACCCUUGAGGCCUCAAGCAAGUCCUAAACCAGUUUUCAAGCAAGAAACCAUUUUGGGUAAGGCAUUUGAGGAUGUUAAGGCACACUAUACACUAGGUAAAGAAUUGGGUAGAGGUCAAUUUGGGGUUACAUUUCUUUGUACUGAAAUAGCAACUGGUCAUCAAUAUGCUUGUAAGUCAAUAUCAAAGAAGAAACUUGUUACUAAAUCUGAUAAAGCUGAUAUGAGAAGAGAGAUUCAGAUUAUGCAGCAUUUAAGUGGACAACCAAAUAUUGUUGCAUUUAAAGGUGCUUAUGAGGAUAUGAAUUCAGUGUGUCUUGUUAUGGAGUUGUGUGCUGGUGGAGAGUUAUUUGAUAGGAUCAUAGCUAAGGGGCAUUAUACUGAAAGAGCUGCUGCAUCAAUGUGUAGAGCUAUUGUUAAUGUUGUACAUGUUUGCCAUUUUAUGGGUGUUAUGCAUCGUGAUCUUAAGCCUGAGAACUUUCUCUUGUCAGACAAGAGUGAAAAUGCUGCUUUGAAGGCAACAGAUUUUGGGCUGUCCAUGUUCAUUGAAGAAGGUAAGGUGUACAAGGAUAUAGUUGGGAGUGCUUACUAUGUUGCCCCUGAAGUCUUACGGAAGAGUUAUGGCAAGGAAAUAGAUGUUUGGAGUGCAGGUGUUAUGUUGUAUAUACUACUCAGUGGUGUGCCUCCCUUUUGGGCAGAAACCGAGAGAGGUAUAUUUGAUGCCAUAUUAAAAGAAGACAUUGACUUUGAAAGUCAACCUUGGCCCUCUAUCACAAGUAGUGCCAAGGACCUGGUCCGAAAGAUGCUCAAUAAAGACCCAAAGCAACGUAUUUCUGCUGCUCAAGUUCUUGAGCAUCCUUGGCUCAAGGUAGGUGGAGUAGCAUCAGAUAAACCAUUAGAUAAUGCUGUCCUCUCAAGAAUGAAGCAAUUCAGAGCUAUGAACAAACUCAAGAGACUUGCUUUAAAGGUCAUUGCUGAGAAUCUCUCAGCAGAUGAAAUUCUGGGGCUCAAAUCAAUGUUCCAUAACAUUGACACCGAUAAUAGUGGAACGAUCACGUAUGAAGAAUUGAAGAGCGGAUUGGCCAGACUUGGAUCAAAGCUCACAGAGGCGGAAGUAAAGCAAUUGAUGGAAGCUGCUGAUGUGGAUGGAAAUGGCUCGAUCGACUAUAUUGAGUUCAUCACUGCUACCAUGCAUAAACAUAGACUUGAAAGAGAUGAAAAUCUAUACAAAGCAUUUCAGUAUUUCGAUAAAGAUGGUAGCGGGUUCAUCACAAGAGAUGAACUCGAAACAUCUAUGGAAGAGCAUGGAAUAGGCGAUCCAGCUAGUAUAAGGGAGAUAAUAUCUGAAGUAGAUGCUGAUAAUGAUGGAAGAAUCAACUAUGAGGAAUUUUGUACAAUGAUGAGAAGUGGAGCUAAACAACCAGGCAAGCUCUUCUAAUAAC